UGAUAUGACUCUGGCGUACAGCUACUUUCCGGCAAAUAAGCCUACUUUGUUUUUAUUUUUUUAUUUUUAUUUUACACAGCAAAGUCUAAUAUAGCAUAUCAGUUGAAAUGGAUUUAUCAUCCCUUAUAAAGAAAAUGGGUCACUCUUUGGUGGAGAUAAGAGUUAGAGCUUUGAAGAGCAUCUUAAGUAAACUGGAGCAUUCUCUUAUCUCAAUAACCGACAUUGUCCAAGAAAAAAUGCUGUUUGUGUAUCUCCUGGAGUGGUUUAAUUUCCCAGAGGUGCCAAUGAAGGAGGAGGUGCUUGGAUUGCUUUUAACUUUUUCACAGCAUCCAGGCGCAGCCCAGAUGCUGAGAGACGUUGGGGCGGUGGACUUUCUCACUCAACUAUCUCCUAAUAUUGAGCCCAGACUGCGAGCUGUCAUUGAUGGAACCCUGGACCAGCUGUUCCAGCUUCCUGAGCUACUCCCCAGUCAUUCAGCUGUCGACUCACAUAGACCACUUUGUACAAAUCCAACAGCGCCAUCAGUUGUUUCACCUGAAGAGAAUUUGCCGAAAAUGGGUUAUUUCCACAAGAGCAUUCCCAGCAACACAGUUGUACCAUUGCAGAAGGUUGCAGUACAUGAAUCUGUAAGAUGUCUAAAGUUUUCCGUGUUUCCAUGGCUGACUUUGACAAACACAGACACACACAUACUUUCUUCCAAUGAGAGCUCUUUGGGUAGCAGCAAUCCUAACUUAGUGCGAACAACCUGUGAACUUCUGUGUGAUGUCAUUAUGCAAGACUUUCCUGCAGAGAUCUUCCUGCAAAGACCCGGUAUUGUAAAGAACCUUUUUUCUGUGUUGCUGCUGGGUUCAGGUAAAAGUGAGGUGAGCUACCUCCAUUCAUCUGCUGUUUCCUGCCUGCGGCAGCUUUGUGUAGCUCUGAGGAGGAGACUGCGGUUUCAUCAAGAUCCUGGCUUCUUCUCUGCAAAGCAAGAUCUAGUGUCGCAGAACUCAUCGUUCUCUUACACCCAGGAAGUUAUGGGGGCGCAACGUUCUCAGACUUCCUCUCCUGGGGCAGAGUGCUCCCCCCGACCCUCUGUGGUGGGACGUAUGAGCCAGAGAGCCAGAGGAGAUGGCCAAGAUGGAGAUGCAGCCUCAAACAAUGGCAGCUCGCAGAGAGGUGCAGCAUCGGUCCAAGCCCCUGGACAGACUUCACAUUCACCUGCAGAUGUGGCCCAUGUGGUGCUUCCAGACCUGGGUGUCAAAGAUGUCCUGGAGCUGCAGUUACAGCAGCUCACUUUGGCACAGUUCACCGUUGCCACCAUGCAGCAUGCCAUCCCGUUACUUAAGACAGAUGGUUUGCAUGUGUUCUAUCGUGUUCUGGAGCUGCUGUGUGAUGCCGUCCUCCUGCUUGGGGACAGUGUUUGUGAGCUGGUCUGGGACGAUCGCAGCCUGGUGGGGAUGGAGCUGAAAGAGAAGCUGCAAGCCUGUAUGGAGCAACUGGGAGAUAUUCUCAGCUAUCACCAAAGCUGUUCAGCAGACAUUCCCCACAGUUCUCAGGUUCAGCACAGAAUGGCAUACAUAGGCACCGCCAUAUUCACCAUUAAACUCCUACAGACCAUCCUGCCUCCUGAGAGGGCCAGUGACAAUCUCCCAGAAAACACAGCGACAGCUAUUUUCCACUUAUGCUUGGAUCCAUCACUGGGACGUUUAUUACCCAGCAUGCAAGAGACAGCAGUAGCAUACUUGGAGCAGGUGAACUCGGACAGCCAUGACCUCUACAGGAGGGUAACCAGAGCUGCUCUCUGGAUGGAAUCCACUUGCAACUUCCUCAAGGAAGUGCAAGCUGAGGGAGAGAAGAACUGGUUGGAAGUACUGGAACUGGCAGACCAAGCUAUAAAUGGACUUCCAUUUCACCAGCACUUACCCAUCAUUAAAGAAUGCGUGCACAUGUGUUCUUACCUGUGGAAGUUUGAUCAGCCCAGCCCCCUCCUUCAGACUGAGAGCCAGAAACUCCUCCUCAAGCUGCUGUCUCAUCCUUCACUGCCUGUCAGGACGGAAACAUAUGAACGCACUUUAAACCUGGUCAAGGACUGCCUUGGCAUCCAGAAUCUAUCACGACAGGAACAGGCAGUGUGCACCGGUGUUAACUUCAUUCUCCACCGCAGAGUGCUCUAUGAAAUGAGCAACUUUGGUCUCCAGGACUCCGCAGAAAAGGUGAACGUUGCUGCCAAGGAUAUCCUGCUAUUCCUGCUCAAGGGACGAUUGAUGAUGACAGCAUCAACCUGGGACAGAUUCAAUGAGGCACUUUACCCGGUCAUACCCAUAUUACAGGGCUACGCCAGCACUGAAGACUCGCUUGGAAAAUGUGUCCUUCUGAUAAGUGACGUGACGGAUGUUGGAAGAGACAAUGCAUUCCCAAGUAGAGCCAAGCUAAAAGCAGCGCUCCGGCUCCUUUUCACCAAACAGCCCACUGUAAGAAUAGCAGCAGUGCAACAAAUCCUCCAACACCUAACCAGCAGUGAUGAAGCUACAACCACCAGCCUAGACAUGGACCAGUCAAUGAUUUCUUCUCUUCCCAACCUCUACUGCCUCAAUAACCCUGUAGAUAUUUCACUUGACACUAGCAGCAAGUCUGUCCUAAAGGUGGAGUCGGUGGAGAAGCUGUUUUGUAUCCUAAACUCAGACACCGUUGACAUCUCUCUCAGAAGAUCAGCUGCAGAGCAGCUGUCAGUUGUGCUACAAGACACAACAAUGCACCCAGUGUUGAAGAGUCUUGGCUUAACAGAUAAAGUCAUUUCUUUUAUUAUGGAGAGUGUAAAUGGCAAAAAGAGCUUUGCGUGUCUGCUGGAGUCGUGUGUUUGCAUCUUGAGAAAACUGGUGUACGCCGAUCCGUCUCUUAGGCACAGCCUGGCACAGCGCAACCUCCUGCUCCUCACACUGCUCAAGGCAUCAUUGAUGUUAAAGGAGAACAAAGGCAACAGAAGCGAUAUUGCCGUCCUUAUGAGUCUGCUGCUAUUUGACGAGAUUGCCAGCAUUGAAAUAUGGUCAGACAAAUCCACCACAGAUGCGACUCUCUCACCGUUCUCUCUACCAGUGACAGUAGUACGCAGGUACAACAUUCCCUUUCAGGCAGCAACUCAUCACGCCGUUAGCCCGUACUGCUGCAUCUUGGCUCCUACCACUGACCUCUUAACCCUCAACCCUGCCCGCCAAGCCCUGCAGGUAGCCUGGAACACUGCAUGGCAUUCUGGGAUAGAUAACCUCCUGGAGAAGCUGCGUGAUGUUGCUAGUGAUGCUGCUGAAUUUCAUCCUGAUUUAAAGCUGUCAGAAGCUCAGCUCCUGUCACUGCAGACGGUGCAUCCUCCGUCUGCGCUGCCGGACUGUGUCCACGCCAUCAUUACCGCAUCGGAGCACAGAUCGGUGGCCUCUGCCCUCUCUCGGCUCUGCCUCUACUUGUUGAUUGACAGACUGGCUCUUCCUCACAUUCCCACCCACAGCUGCAGAGGCACCCUGCUCUCCCUCAGCUGGCAGACAGCAUUAACCAGGUUUCUGCAGGUGCGCCCAGCUUGUGUUGAGGAUGAAAGGUUGCUGGUGGGAAUUGUGGCAUUUUUGAAUGCCUGCUUCAAACAGAUUCACACAGAGUUUGUGCCUGACACAGAAGACAGGGACCUACGCUGGAUACUGGAGCUCCUUCUCAACCAGGACACUGCAACUCUCCUUCAUUUGCUGCUCGGUGUGGAGACCCAGACCUCAACUCAGAGCCCAGGGGAUCCAGAGGAACUAAAGAGCCAUGUCAGCCAGAGACUGCAGAGAGAACUCACCAGCUUCUUUAACAUCUUACUGCUCAGACUGUCGCAUACCACUGACAGGCUGUGUUUGGCAUUAGCAGGUCCCUUCAAGAGCCAGCUGGCAGUCCGUUUGCUUCAGAGCCUGCGGGUGUCUGAUGCUCCUCGUUUCUAUGGCCUUCCCAGCCUGGAAAGGACUUUGCAAGGCAUGGUCAACCUGACUGCUCAGCCAGGCUGGAGCUCCCACUGCCCAGACCUGGAGUCCAGCUCCCUCUGCUCCAAGUACCUCAGUGGAUUAUUAGAGGUGAUUUCUUCCUUUUAUGUGGAAUGGGGCGGUAACUCCUUGUCUUUCAUGGGGAAAGGUGUGACCAAGAAUGCCAUCAUCUGUUUGCUUCACCUGUCUCAUGAGAUGAUGGCCAAAAUCAAGGACAAGGACUUGGUUUCUCAGUGGUCGCUUGGAAAUGAGGGAACUACUGAGGAAGGAAGUGCUUCCCAGCUGGGUUUGGCCUGGCUUAUCCCGCUCUGGGUGGACCGAGAUCAAGAGGUGCGAUUUGCUAGUUUGGGUUUAGGUGCUGCUCUGUCCUCGAUGCCCAGUGGCUGCCAGGCUUUAUGUGCCAGCUGCCAAAACAUCAGUGGAGGUCUGUGGGGCACGUUGCUCAACAUCCUUCUGGAUCAGCAGGAGAGCAGCAUGGUGCGCAGAGAGGCUGCAUUUAUCUUGCAGAACUUGCUGGUGAUGCCUAUGCCUGCCAACGCAGAAGAGGCCAAGGACUCCCACUGGCAGCAUCCUUGUGUCCAUGAUGAGGUGACUGGUGUGUCGUUGGUGGGCCUUCCAGCACUACAGGCUCUGCUCUACCACUGUCAGUAUUUCCAAAAUGUGGCCCUCUCUGCCUCCAUUUGUUACCGUGGCAGGUACACUCUCCACCCACAGCCUCAUGCUGGUGGCAGCGAUGGCCCCAGGCUUGUGGAGAACACUUCAGUGGAUUCCGGCAAUUCUCUCUGGUUUUGGAGAUGUGAUCCACCACCAUCCCCCACCGUCAACUCUAGCAGACCUUCCAGCUCGCUCUCCACCUCCAGCACCACGAUAAGAGGUUCAGCAGCACACACCCCCAAGGCGGCCUCCCCAUUCAGCAUCACUGAUGAGACUCCUGCCAGCAGACUGAUGGCUCAAGGUCAGAGCGAUACAGACACAAGCAACUCUCCUACAUCGCAGGACUCCCAGCAGGGUGAGCCCUCAGCCAUGCAACCUGCUUUCAUGGUAACGCCUGACCUCCUGACGGCCCACUGUGGCUUGCUAACCAACCUGAUGGCCAUCCUGCCAGAUUUCACCCUCACUGCCAUCCGACAUAACCAGCUCCUCCAGGUCCUGGCCAGCCUCGUGGAUAUUAGGCCCAUCGAGACAUGUCUGACUGAGCUGAAGACACCCAACAUCCUCCCUGGAGAGAGAGAAAGCAUCAAAAGUCAGUUUGUGACUGAACUUCAGUUCCUGUCCAGCUUCUCCAAACUGCUCCAGUCAUGUAUCGAGGCGAGCAAGGAGCUGAUUGGUCAGAUGGACUUCCUGAAACAGCUGUUGUCUUCUCUGGUGGAUGUCUUCAUGCUGGACACCAAAGUAUUAGAUGCAGGUACCCGGGAUGUGGUUUGCGUGUGCUGGACAGACAUGUUUAUGCUCCUGGCUACUGUGGUGAAGAGGGACAGCUCAGCAUCGCACCCAUCUGUCUCUGCUGCGCUCGGGAGGCGCUGGUGGACAUUUGCAGAAACAUUAUCAGAGUGUGUGAAUGAGACGUUUGGAGACCCUCUUCUCCACACAGCGGCCCUGCAGUUUGUCUGCACAGUUCUCACAGAAGAGACCAAAAAGCCUUCAAGCUCAAACUCCAAACAAGGCGGCGCCCUGUCGGACGUCCUAACUGGACCUUCAGCCAGCCAGCUGUGUGAACUGUUACUACAGAACUUUGAGAAGAGGACCCUGCAGGACCCACUGAAGAAGCUAACAGCUAGAGCUUUGAUGACGCUGCUAGCCUGCAGUCCCACAGCCCAAAACCACGCAGCCAAUGCUGGUUUAAUUGACAGCUGUGUGGAGCAGCUGAAGCAGACUCAUUCUCAGCUCCAGCUGGAGUCGGUCCGACCCAGCAAGGCUUCUAACCGCAAAAAGGAAGGAGGCUAUUUAAAGGAAGUCAAGCUCACUGCAGAGAUCCUGCAGAGUGCUCUUUACCGCAACGAUGAAUGCAAAACGGUUGCCACAGAUGCUCGCCUAACACUGGCGCUGUAUUCUCUUUGGCCUUGGCUCCUAUUGGACGACCCCACCAUGGAAGCAUCGCUGGAGCUUCUGUGUGUCUACACGGCCAACUGCACAGCAGCAUGCAGUUCUCUCUGUGGUGGUAGCCCCAGUAUGAUGGCAGGAUCUAAAGGCUCGUCCAGUAGCUCUCUGAUGCACUCUGUCAUGAAGCUGACGUCCGUUGCCCCAGACAACAGCUCCAUCCAGAAUCUAGCUUUCUCCCUCUUGGCUAACUUGGCUGUAUCACGAGACUGCAGAUGCGUCCUGCAGAAGAGUAAUUUCCUUCAAGCUUUCCUGUCAGUGCCAAUGCCCAAGGUGGCCGGUGUGAAGGCCACACCAGGAGGUGCUGGUAGCGGGGGCCUCCUGGGCCUGUGGCUGAAGCUGCUGGUUAGUCUUUCGUCUGCUGAGGAUGGCCAGCAGAGUAUCCUCAAGAUGACCGGAGCUCUGGAACUGCUAGCAGACUUGGCGCUACAUCGGCGACAUGCGCUGCUCACACUUCACAAUCUCUGCUUCUGCCCUGCCAACAAGUCACAUGUCAUCACCCAGGAUAAAGCUGUGAAAGUUUUGCUGUCGUGUCUCGACAGUAGAGAGGUGGAAACCUGCUGUCUGGGAGCUUCUGCGCUGUGGGCGUUGCUCCACAAUAAUCAGAGGGCCAAGACAACACUGAAGUGUCCCUCUGUUCGACUAAAAAUUGAGGAGGCAUAUACCAUCUCUAAGAAAGAUGCAGACAACAAGCAGGAACCUUUGACCGCCUACCUGCUCAAGUGCCUGGAAAACCUGUCCCAGCUGCUAAAAAGCUGAAUGUUAUUAUUAUUUAUAUUGUUUUUCAUCAUGUUUUGUAUCGGUAAGAUGUGAUUUGAUUUUUAUAUUAAAAU